GUAGUUGUUGAGGCAUGCGAGAGGUUCGCAUCAAUGGGAAUUACAGCCAACCUCGUGACUUAUGCAGUUGGGACGAUGCAUCUUCCUAGUGCAACUGCGGCCAAUAUCGUAACGAACUUUUCUGGUGCAGCAUACAUGCUAUGUUUGGUUGGAGGUUUCGUGGCAGAUAGUUUCUUAGGCCGGUAUUGGACAAUUACCAUUUCCACAAUGAUUGAAACACUGGGUGCUGCCCUUUUAGCAGUAUCGACCGUAGUGCCCGGAUUACAACCACCCCCUUGCAACGGAAGUACAUGCGUAGAGGCCAAUGGAUUACAACUUGGAGUUAUGAAUACUGCUCUAUACGUAAUGGCAUUCGGAGAGGGUGGACUUAAAUCCAAUGUAUCAGGUUUUGGAACUGAUCAAUUCGACGAGAACGAUAAGAAGGAAAAAUCUAAGAUGGAUUACUUUUUUAGUAGAUUUUAUUUUGUCAUCAGCCUUGGAACUCUUCUUGGUGUCACAGUGGAAAUCUACAUACAAGAUUAUGUCAGUCGAGGUUGGGGAUACGGUAUUUGUUCUAUUGUAUUCUUUAUUGGACUGAUGGGAUUUUUGUCCCGGACUAGAAAAUACAGGUACAAGAAAUGCAUGGGAAGCCCCAUUGUUCAAAUUCUCCAGGUUUUGGUGGCUGCUUUACGGAAGAGGAACCUCAAAUGUCCUAGUAUUGAUACCUUAUAUGAUGAUUCCACUGAAGCUACAAGAAUCCAUCACACAGACCAACUUUGUUGCUUGGAUAAGGCUGCAAUCAUAGACAAAAAUGAAACUGAGAUUAAUGGUUCUGUGAUUAAAAACCCUUGGAAACUAUGUUCAGUCACAAAGAUAGAGGAGGUGAAAAUGGUGGUUAGACUAAUGCCAGUUUGGGCUUCAACAAUCUUUUUUUGGACUGUACAUGCACAAUUGCUCACCUUCUCUGUGGAGCAAGCUUCAACAAUGCAUAGAUCAAUCGGGAACUUUCAAAUCCCGCCGGGAUCAUUCAAUACUUUCUAUAUUGCCGGCAUAUUGGUUUCUUCUGUUUUUUACGACCGGGUGAUCAUUACCUUUAUGAAGAGGUGGAAAGGGAAACAUGGUUUCACCAACCUGCAAAGAAUAGCCAUUGGCAUUGUCUUUUCAAUUGUGGCCAUGAUAGUUGCUGCAAUCGUGGAGACAAGACGGAUGUCUGUCGUUAGAUCUAUGGGUGGCAAUGUUACAACUUUGCCUCUAAGCUUCGUCAUAUUGAUCCCACAGUUCUUCAUUGUUGGCUUUGGAGAAGCAUUCAUGUACAGCGGUCAGCUUGAUUUCUUCAUAACCAGAGCUCCAAAAGGAAUGAAGUCGAUGAGCACUGGGCUUUUCCUCUCAACAGUGGGGCUUGGAUUUUUUGUUAGUAGCUUCUUGGUGUCCAUAGUCAACAAUGUGACAGGAACCCAAGUCGGCCGUGCAUGGCUACCCAGUAACGUAAACUAUGGGAAAUUAUACUAUUUCUAUGCUCUUCUAGCCGUGUUAGGCUUCAUAAACUUGGUAUUCUAUCUUCUUUGUGCCAUAUGGUAUACGAAGACGAUGAAAAAUGCUGUACAAAUAGAAAUCAUUGUUUCAAGUUCUGAAGAGGAAGAGAAACAUGCUGUGCAGAUGGAGGGCACCCCUACAGCUUCUGCAGAGGAAGAUUAUUAA